AAAGAAAAAAAGAAGCCAACAAAACAAAUAGAAAAGAUCCUCACCAUUACUCACUCUGCCACUCUCGCCGCCUCUUUCCCUCCGUCGCACCGUCCUCUUUUUCGGUUCACAGAGUCGGAGGUAAGGUUCAAAUAGAAAGUUGUUUGGACUUCUAAAAAGUCAUUGAUUCUACAUUCUGCUCUUAUUUUUCAAUUAAAUGGAAAGUAAAUCGUCCGGUUCCGCUACAAAUUUGGUAGAUCAACUAGUGUAUCCUGGAGAUGUGGUUCUUGACCUCUCUAGCAUGACAAACCAGACUAUUAAGCUUGGAGGCGGUCUACGUCAGGACAGUGAUGUGAUUUCUGUAAUGAAGGCUGGCAGGCUUAGGUUCUCUAAGCCUAAUAAAUACUGGGUUGAAAGUUCUCAAAAGAGGUAUGUGCCCCAUGCAGAGGAUUCGGUUCUUGGAAUAGUUGUCGACUCCAGAUCAGAUAACUUUCUUGUGGAUAUAAAAGGACCUGCUAUAGCAUUUCUACCUGUGCUUGCAUUUGAAGGAGGAACAAGAAGAAAUAUACCGAAGUUUGAGGUGGGUGCUUUGCUUUAUGUGCGGGUUGUUAAAGCAAAUCCUGGAAUGAAUCCUGAGCUGUCAUGCACUGAUGCCAGUGGGAAAGCAGGAGAGUUUGGUGCCCUAAAAGAAGGCUAUAUGUUCGAGUGUUCAACUGGUCUCUCAAGGAUGCUUCUCAGCUCUCCCACAUGUCCAGUACUUGAUACUUUAGGGAAGAAACUCUCUUUUGAGAUAGCAGUUGGCUUAAAUGGACGUGUUUGGGUCAAUGCCUCGUCUCCAUCUACAACUAUCAUCGUAGCUAAUGCACUUAUAAACUCAGAGCCAUUGAGUGGUGUCCAACAGAAAAUAAUGGCUGAAAAGCUGCUGCAGAGGGUCCAGUGACCAAGUUAGUUGUCCGUGUAUGAUUUUGAGUUGAAGUUCACUGUGAUACAAAAUCCCGAUGCUUCUGCAGGCGAGCACUGUCUGUGAGACUACAAACCACUAGCUAAGUGCAGAAAUGAUUUUCGGCACCUUGACUGUUUAAUACAAGUUACAUGGAAUUUAGAUAGAAUGAUAUGAUAUGUUCUACAUUUCUAUGAGUUUAAUGUUUCGGUUAUAUUGAUUGUCUCCACAAAAUAUUUGACUGAAGAUCAAUCCUUAUCUUUUUUUUUUU